AGAAACAGAAGAGGAGGAGGAACAUCUUGAUGUUUUGCUUCAGAGGAAAGAAAACAAACGCUGGUGGCUGAAGUCGCUCCACGUCUUAAAAGCUCUGCUGAUUAAACUUAGAGGUUGUGUUAAUUAGCGUUGAAGGCUCGGCCAGUCAACGGGCCGUGGUUAUAAUUGAUGUGGUUGACGUGGACAUGACGGACAGGUUUCUAGGUCCUGCUCGGGGUUCCUGCUGAGACUGGAACCGUCAGCGGUGGUUCUCGGACCGUCUGGACUCUGGAGCUCCUCUCGGCCGUUUAAAGGCUCCUUUCACCGUCAGUUGUCAUGAGCAGCGAGCUGAACGUACCGAUGGGUUCGCCGGCCCCUGGUGUCUCCGAGCAGGCUACAGAUGGAGGUGGGAUGGACUACAGGGACUGGGUGCGCCGCAGUUACCUGGAACUGGUCAGCUCCAACCAUCACUCAGUGCAGGCCCUGUCAUGGAGGAAACUCUACCUGAGCCGGGCCAAGCUGAAGGCCUCCAGCAGGACCUCUGCUCUGCUGUCCGGCUUUGCCAUGGUGGCCAUGGUGGAGGUGCAGUUGGAGAUGCAGUACAACUACCCCCGCGUGCUGCUCAUCGCCUUCAGCGUGUGCACCACUGUGCUCGUGGCCGUGCACCUCUUCGCCUUGCUCAUCAGCACCUGCAUCCUGCCCAACGUGGAGGCCGUCAGCAACAUCCACAACUUAAACUCGGUCAGCGAGUCUCCCCACGAGCGGAUGCACCACUACAUCGAGCUGGCAUGGGGCUUCUCCACCGCCCUGGGGAUCCUGCUCUUCUUAGCGGAGGUGGUGCUCCUCUGCUGGAUCAAGUUCUUGCCUGUAGACUCGGGAGGGGCCAACCAGGUGGCACUGGCCGCCGCUGAGCUGGCCCUGGCCUCCGUGAACUGCAGCACCGCAUCGUCCUCAUUAACCAAUGUGGUGAAGCCGCUUAGGCCGACGCCCGCUCCGCAGCACAGCGGCUGGCAGGCGGCGCUGGCCUCCACCAUCAUCAUGGUCCCUGUGGGAGUGAUUUUCGUGGUCUUUACCAUUCACUUCUAUCGCUCUCUGGUGCGCCACAAGACAGAGCGCCAUCACCAGGAGAUCGAGGAACUGCACAAGAUUAAGGUGCAGCUGGACGGCCACGAGAGAGGCCUGCAGGCCGUGUAGCCACGCCCUCACCCCCGUCAAAUGCUCUUCAUGUCUUCAGCUCGUGAAUGCAUUAGAUCAGGCUGCUGACUGGUUCUCGCGGUGUGGUUGGAUCUGUGGUGUACCUGUGUUACUUUGUGUCACAUUCGAGUGAGUUUACAGGAAAAAAG